AGGGAUACGUAACCGGCGACGUAUAAAUACCACAGCCCUUUGUUUGUGAUAACAGACUCGUUUACAGAAGACUGGAGAUUCAAGAACAUCGGCGUUGAAAAUUUGCUUUGUCAAGAUGCAGAUCUUUGUGAAGACCCUUACCGGCAAGACCAUCACCCUAGAGGUUGAGCCCAGUGACACCAUCGAGAACGUCAAGGCCAAGAUCCAGGACAAGGAGGGAAUCCCCCCAGACCAGCAGCGUCUGAUCUUCGCCGGCAAGCAGCUGGAAGAUGGCCGCACCCUCUCCGACUACAACAUCCAGAAGGAGUCCACCCUCCAUCUUGUGCUCCGUCUGAGGGGAGGCAUGCAGAUCUUUGUGAAGACCCUGACUGGUAAAACCAUCACCCUUGAGGUUGAGCCCAGUGACACCAUCGAGAACGUCAAGGCCAAGAUCCAGGACAAGGAGGGCAUCCCCCCAGACCAGCAGCGUCUGAUCUUCGCCGGCAAGCAGCUGGAAGAUGGCCGCACCCUCUCCGACUACAACAUCCAGAAGGAGUCCACCCUCCAUCUUGUGCUCCGUCUGAGGGGAGGCAUGCAGAUCUUUGUGAAGACGCUGACUGGUAAGACCAUCACCCUAGAGGUUGAGCCCAGUGACACCAUCGAGAACGUCAAGGCCAAGAUCCAGGACAAGGAGGGCAUCCCCCAGACCAGCAGCGUCUGAUCUUCGCCCGGCAAGCAGCUGGAAGAUGGCCGUACCCUCUCCGACUACAACAUCCAGAAGGAGUCCACCCUCCAUCUUGUGCUCCGUCUGAGGGGAGGCAUGCAGAUCUUUGUGAAGACGCUGACUGGUAAGACCAUCACCCUAGAGGUUGAGCCCAGUGACACCAUCGAGAACGUCAAGGCCAAGAUCCAGGACAAGGAGGGCAUCCCCCCAGACCAGCAGCGUCUGAUCUUCGCCGGCAAGCAGCUGGAAGAUGGCCGUACCCUCUCCACUACAACAUCCAGAAGGAGUCCACCCUUCACCUUGUCCUGCGUCUCCGUGGAGGCAACUAGUUAACUUCUCCUCUGCUCUUAACGAUGUCUCAUCUUAACCCCAAUUUCCCUCCAUCCCUAAUUCCCUCCUAACCUCCAACCGCACCCCUUGACCUCUACUCCAAUCCCACCUCUGACUUCCCCUCCCACCCUAAUCUCUAAUCCCCAGCUCUUUUUUGAAUUUCAAUAAAGUUCAAGCAUUCCUGA